UUCCUGUGAUAAACAACCCAACGUUGUUCAUUGUUUGCGUGUGUGUAUUAUCUUCUAUUUCCGUUCCUCUUUUCUCUCUCUCCCUUUAUUAAGAGGAGAGAGAAACUAUAGGACCCUCUAAGCGUGCAAAUAAAAGACUUUAAAGCAAACCAAAACAUAACCAUAUCACAAUCUCUUGCUAUUAUUAUCACACUCUCUCUUUGUGGGGUUUUUCUCUUCACCUUUGCUCUAUAAUAUUUCUACUAUCUCUUCUUCUUCUUUUAAGCUUUCAUUCUAGAAUCUUUCUCUCCCUAACCCUAACACUCUUGUUCUUUUUUUCACAUAAGGUUUCUCAAGUCUGUUCAACAAAGUGAUGCAUGAAAUGUCAAGAAACGAGAGAGAAUCUUCAGAGGAAAGAAAGCUGGAACUAAGGCUUGCUCCACCUGGUGUUGAAAACUGGUUUCACACCAACAACAACAACAAACAAAGAGAUCUUGAUUUUGAUUCAAACCAUAAACUCUCUCUUGGUAGUAGUAACUACUUUUCAACAAACAAUACAUCAUCAUUUCUUCACUUUCCAUCAACCCAACAACAUGUGAGAGGCAAAGAAUCUUCAUCAUCACAAGCCUGUUGUCCUAAGCUUGUAGACUUAGAGAAUGGUGGUAAUAACAAAGUUACAGCUGUUUCCAACACUUCUCAGAAAAGAACUGCUCCUGGACCAGUAGUAGGUUGGCCACCUAUAAGGUCAUUCAGGAAGAAUCUUGCAACAAGCAGCAUUUCUAAACCAACAUCACAAACUGAAUCUCAGACUCAACAUCAUCAAAACAAGGUUGUUGCUGGUAAAAAACCUAUUGACAAUAACUAUGGUGGUAAAGGUUUGUUUGUUAAAAUCAACAUGGAUGGUGUUCCUAUUGGUAGAAAAGUUGAUCUUAAAGCUUAUCAUAGCUAUGAAAAUCUCUCCAUAGCUGUUGAUGAACUCUUUAGAGGACUCCUUAAAGCUCAAGGAGAUUCUUCUGGUUGUGGAAGCAAGAAAAAUGAAGAUGAAGAAAAAGUGAUUAGUGGAAUAUUGGAUGGAAGUGGAGAAUAUACUCUUGUAUAUGAGGAUAAUGAAGGAGACAGGAUGCUUGUUGGUGAUGUCCCAUGGCAUAUGUUUGUAUCAACAGUGAAGAGGCUUCGAGUGUUGAAGAGUACAGAGCUUUCUGCAUUUACACUUGGGGCAAAGCAAGAGAAGAUAUGUACUUGAUUUGGCAAUGGAAUGAAAGUGUAUGAUUAUGAAUGUUUUUUUUUUUUAAAUGAAGAUUUGAAAUGUUUAUGGGUUUUGUAUAAAUAGGGAAGUACAACUUCAAGAAUGUGUGUACUCAUGAUUUACUGUGAAGUGACUAUUAUUAACUUGUUUUGGUUUGAAUUUUGAAGUCAAUUUUGUAGAUUGCUGUUGUUUUUUUU